UUUGCUCUCAAACAAUCAAUUGCGUUUUAUUGGUAAAAAUCAAAAUAGCGGCUUAAACUGUUAGGAAUUUAUUUACAAAAUGUCGGAAAUAAAGGCGUUGGAGCACGCAACAUUAAAAGUGCCAUAUGAAAUAUUAAACAAACGCUUCAGAUCUGCACAAAAGAUAAUCGACCGUGAGGUCGACCAAGUAAUGAAUGUUUCACGUCAAGUCGAGAAAGCCUUGAGUGCACCGCAGUCCCCCAUAUUAUCGGAUGUCACCAAACUUAUGGGAAAUGUGGCCCAGAAACUUCAGGUACUCAAACGUAAGGCAGAUGAGAGUAUCACCGACGAGUUAAGUGUGACGCAGAUUUGCAAGCGUAAGCUGGAGCAUCUCAAGGGCAUAGUGCCACCUAAUCGCAGCGAUGGUGAAGCCUGGGAGGGUUCGGUGGAGCAGUGGAAGCGCAUUCGCCUGGAUCGCUUGGUCAUAGAGCACUUACUGCGCAUGGGCUACUAUGAAACAGCUGAGGAGCUAGCAGCGCGCUCCGAUGUGCGCCAUCUAACCAAUCUAGAUGUGUUUCAAACAUCACGUGAAGUUGAGGAUGAUCUGGCCCAAAACAGCACCACAAAAUGUGUGCUCUGGUGCAUUGACAACAAGUCCAAGCUCCGCAAGAUAAACUCCACCUUAGAGUUUAGUCUGCGUGUACAGGAGUUCAUAGAGCUAGUGCGUCAAAACAAGCGCUUCGAAGCGGUGCAGCACUCGCGUCGCUACUUCCCCGCCUAUGAGAAGACCCAGCUCAAUGAGAUAUGCCAUGUCAUGGCGCUGCUGGCCUAUCCCACCGACACGGACAUGGACCACUGUCGCAAGUACAUGGACCCAAAGCGCUGGGAUAAACUGGUGUUAGACUUUCGUCAUGAAAACUAUCGUCUCUAUCAGCUGUCCAGCACAUCAGUCUUUUCAGCAGCCAUACAGGCGGGACUAUCAGCGUUGAAGACACCACAAUGCUACUCGCAGACGUGUCACAAUCUCAACUGUCCCGUCUGCCAAGACGAUCUCAAUCGCAUUGCGCUCAAGUUGCCAUAUUCGCAUUGUGUGCAGAGUCGCCUCAUUUGUCGCGUCACUGGGCUGCCCCUGAACGAGCACAACCAGCCUAUGAUGCUGCCCAAUGGACAAAUCUUUGGACAGUUAGCGCUGCCCGAGAUAACCAAAGACGACGGCACUGUAACGUGCCCAGUAACAAAUGUUAAGUUCUCCAAUCCCAAAAUUGAUAAGGUCUUCGUCAUGUAAGGCAACUUCAUACCCUGAAUGAUAUUACGAUUAAGUUAAGCUAAAAAUCGACUAUAUUUUGUAUAACUCUAUUAAUCUUUAAUCCCCCAAAAACGAACGAUCUAUUGUUAUAAGCAUCGCUGCAAAUUGCGCAUUUGAAAUUUCGAUUACGAUUGUGUUACAUAUGUAAUUCAACUUUAUUUUUGGACUUCUCGCUGCGCCGUCGCAGGUCUAUUGAUUUUUCCGACAGCGCAGUAAGCAGAACCAGCAGCAGCAGCAGUAGUCGAAGUCAGCAGUAUGUCAAUGUUGAUUCAUGCUGUAUGCAACGCGUGCGACGUUAUUUGAUUCCUCUCUUAAGUGCAAAAAAGUAUAUCAAGUACAUAUAUCAUUGAUUCAACUACAAAUAAAGAGAAAUCAUAUAUAAAUAAGCAACGGCAAAUGAGUUUUCUUCGAAAACAAACAAAUUACUGUUGAGCACUUGAAUUUAUUUUGCUGCCUAUUUGGUGUAACCAAGCCUAGCUGAUAAAAAUGUCUUGGAAACUGUAAAUAUAUAGUAUUGACAAAUGCUAAGGCGCGCACUUUAAAGUCAAUUGUUAAACAGCUGCAUUUUAAAGAAUCACAAUAAACAAUAAUAACAACAACAGACGCAUACAUAAACAGUAGAUACCUUCAACCCCCAACGAGCCAAACAGGCCCAACUACCACCACCACUACCCAACCCCACCCCU